UUCCGUUUUUCCCUUGUUGCUCAUUCAGUAGAUGACAAUUGACAUUUACUAUACUUCACUCAGACACUUCACUCUUCAGUCGUGUGAGUGGUUCCAACGUUGUUGUGAGUGUCAGUAAAAAAAGUCGGAAUUGUACGUCGUUUUUAAAUUGUAUUUGGUUUUACAAAAGACAAAUCUCACAGAAUGGGUGUACCUGCUGGCAAUGCUGAUAAUGGCAAGAAAAUCUUUGUGCAAAGGUGUGCCCAAUGCCACACUGUUGAGGCAGGUGGCAAGCACAAAGUAGGACCAAAUCUCCAUGGCUUCUUUGGCCGCAAGACUGGUCAGGCACCUGGCUUCUCAUACUCGGAUGCCAACAAAGCCAAAGGCAUUACAUGGAAUGAGGACACCUUGUUCGAAUAUCUGGAAAACCCUAAGAAAUACAUCCCUGGAACCAAAAUGGUGUUUGCCGGUUUAAAGAAGGCAAACGAACGUGCAGAUCUUAUCGCCUAUCUAAAACAAGCUACUAAGUAAUUUGUUAAUUGUAAAAAAUAUUGUAGUAAGAAGUAUGUUCCAUUAUAUUUCUGGGAUGCACUUCUUAUUUAGCCCAAUCAGUAUCGUCAAUCAUGUAUUAUGCAAUGUUGAAGUUGCAGAAUACUUUUAGAUUAAUACCAAUCACAAAACAUUUAGAUGCAUAUUGUGUAUGUUGUAUCAUUACUCUCUUAACAGUGCUGUGAAUGGUCUUGUAACGUUAUUAAAUUAUUAAUAGAUGAAUUAAGCUUUUGUGAAUGUUCCUUUCAUCUCAUAACUAUGUUGCAUCUAUAAAAAAAACAGUUAAUGUUUGUGAUGCAAACAGAAGCCGUUGUUACCAAGUUAAAUUAUUGAAAUGUAACAUAAUACAACUAUUUAAUAAAGAUUAAGUUCUUUAUGCA